CACAAUUCAUUAAUUUUUUGCCUUUAGUUAUAUAAACAACUUUUAUAUGUGAAUUAAAAUGAGGCUUAAUACGUUUUAUUUAAUAAACUUUUUAAUAUUAAUUUUAAUAUACAAUGUUUAUUCAGUGAAUAGUGUCAAAUUAAAAGGAGUUACCAUCGAAGUCACACCCUAUUUAUACAUCAGAAACAACCAAUUUUCGGGAUAUUGUGUCGAUGUUAUGAAUGAGAUCUCAAAGAUAGCCGGUUUUAACUACAGUCUAUACAAAGCACCCGACGGUAGACAUGGAGAGGUCUCACCAACCGGUGCUAUCAAUGGUAUCAUAUUUGAAGUUUACAAUAAGGCGGCAGACUUUGGUAUCGCGGACCUGACAGUCAGCGAAAGCCGCAAACGAUACGUCGACUUCAGUCUCCCGAUUAUGAACUUAAGUGUGUCGGCGCUCAUCCAUAAGACAAACGCCGAGUACAUCGAGUACUUCAAAGACCUGCCCCGACAGACACGCAUCCGAUAC